GGUUAGCAUCAUUUAAAAUUCUAACCUAAAAUUGAAUAUUUUAAUUUUACGAAGAGUAUCCAGUAUUGAGUAUUGGUUAUAGUUUAGAAUUGGAUAUUCAUUACAAGAUUCAGUAAUCACCUUUUGGCUUUAGUAUAUUAAAAUACAUAAUUUAACAAUCAAUAGUGAGGGCUCCAGAUUAUUUUAAAGUAUUUUAGAUAAUGGCCAAGCAUCACCCUGAUUUGAUAUUUUGCCGAAAACAACCUGGUGUGGCAAUUGGCAGGCUAUGUGAAAAAUGUGAUGGUAAAUGUGUAAUAUGUGAUUCGUAUGUCAGACCUUGUACCCUGGUAAGGAUAUGUGAUGAAUGUAAUUAUGGAUCAUAUCAAGGGAGAUGUGUAAUAUGUGGAGGUCCAGGUGUAUCUGAUGCUUAUUAUUGUAAAGAAUGUACAAUUCAAGAAAAAGAUAGAGAUGGCUGUCCAAAAAUUGUUAAUUUGGGUAGUUCCAAGACAGAUCUGUUCUACGAAAGGAAAAAAUAUGGUUUCAAAAGACGAUAGUUGUACAAAAUAUAAUACAAUAUAACUUUCAUAACUAAAA